AUGGCCGAGAACAAGUACCAGAUCCGCCAUCCACACCAGAACUACACCGGCGCCACCCCGGUAUCGCCCACAGACUCGCCCGCUCGCACUGUAGAGUACCACCGCCCAGCACGCAACUCUGCCCACUACCCCGCCGGCACCGACCUGGCGCUGGGCAUGGGCCCCUCCAGCACGCCGUCCUCGACGUCCUCCCCGCGCCUCCCAUCACAACACGCCCCCUCGUCCUUCCGCUCGCCCCUGGACUCGCCCCAGCUGUCCACCCCCUCAGGCCGGGACUCGUCGUACACGUCUGCGUCCAGCUCGCGCGGGCUCAGCUACAAGGGAAGCCCGAAUCCGAAUGCGCGGUUCUCGACGGGCACUGCGGGGGGCAGCAAUCCCAUACCUCCACCCCGUCCCAUGCGAGCAGGCACCAUGCCGCUGGAGCUUCCUUCCAACAAUGUCACUUCCUGGGAUACCAUCCCCCUUCCUCCUUCCAAAUCCCCAUCCACCCCCUACCCUCCAGGGCAGACCCCAGCGCUCCCCUCGCCGUCAGUGUACACGCCCAUGAGCGCAAACGGCGUCAACCCGUACUCGUUGGAAAAGAACAUGGAGGAUGUCAAGCUGGCGGGGCAGAUUGGUCUGCCUAUGGGCGUUGCUGAGCCCCGGCUUGGGGGCGGUGUGGCUGGGGAGAAGGAGCUGCCGAGGGAGCCUGCGAUGGGGGGCAGGAGCCGGAGUGGGACGGGGAGGAGCAGCAAGGACAAGAAGAGCAUGUUUGGCUUUGUUUCUGAUUUGUUGAAUAAGGAGACGAAGCCGCCGUUGAUCUCGAAACCGUAUGACCCAGUGCAUGUCACCCAUGUCGGAUUCGACUUUCAGACUGGCAAAUACACGGGUAUGCCUCCGAAGUGGCAACAAGUCCUAGACGACAAUGGUAUUACCCAAGACGAGCAGGCCCAAAAUCCCAACGGUGUCAUGGCGGUCGUCCAGUACCUGAAGCAUCAGGAUGAGGAUGAAGAUCCGGAAGAUGAGAUCUGGCAAAAGAUGAGGCAUGCGCAGGCGCAGCAGCAGACGCCGGGUGGAGGGCAGGUAUUGGUUGGGAGUGGAAGCGUGACGCCGAAUAUGAGUCGGGAGCCGAGUGCGAAUGGGGAGCAGCAGCACGACUUUACGACGCCGAGGGCGGCGCCGGCGCCGCCGCAGAAGCCGGGGUUGCAGAGGUUCCAGUCGGAGAGGGGGGCGCCGCUGCAUUCGCCCGGGAUGCCUUCUGCCUCGAGACAUGCGCCGUCCGAGAUCACCACCCCUGCCCGGCUCGCGCCUGCCCCCGGCCAGCUCCCGCCUCAGCAACAAGGUCAGAGAGAGCUCGACAGGUCAUACUCGCAGCGCGCGCCAGCACCAACCAAGACCAAGAUCCUGGAUCGGGCGAAUACGACCCGUGCCCAGGGGUCGAGCACCAAGAGCACGGGCGGUUAUGGUGGGCCGGGGUUGUACAAGUCUCAAUCCCAAUCUGGACAACAUCGGCUGCCCCCAGCGUCGUCCUCUGGCGCACCGCACCAGCCUUCUGGGUCGUCUAUAGCGGCACAACAAGCCCCUGGGGGGUUGACGAGGAACCAUACCCAAAAUGCUGGGUCUUCGACGCAGAGGCAGCAGCCUGGGCAGGGGGCUGGCGCGGGGCCGACGCCGAGGAGGAGGGAGAAGGACAAGAAGGAGAAUGAAGAGGUGAUCAAGCAGUUGAAGAUGAUUUGUACGCCCGGGGACCCGAAUCUGGUGUACAAGAAUUUCAAAAAGAUUGGUCAAGGAGCGUCGGGCGGAGUAUACACCGCAACAAACCCCUCCAACCUCCCAGUCGCCAUCAAACAAAUGAACCUCGAAAAACAGCCCAAACAGGAUCUCAUCAUCAACGAGAUCCUCGUCAUGCGCUCCGCCGCGCACCCCAAUAUCGUCAAUUACCUCGACUCGUACCUGCACCAAGGCGAUUUGUGGGUGGUGAUGGAGUAUAUGGAGGGGGGCAGUUUGACGGAUGUUGUUACGGCGCAUUGUAUGAGCGAGCAGCAGAUCGCGGCGGUUAGUAAGGAGGUGUGUGAGGGGUUGAGGCAUUUGCAUAGUAAGGGGGUUAUACAUCGGGAUAUCAAGUCGGAUAAUAUCCUCUUGUCGCUGAAUGGCGAUGUCAAGCUUACCGACUUUGGGUUCUGUGCGAGAAUAGCCGAUCCGAAUACGACGAAGCGGACGACGAUGGUCGGGACGCCGUAUUGGAUGGCGCCAGAGGUCGUUUUGAGGAAAGAGUAUGGGCCGAAUGUGGAUAUCUGGAGUUUGGGUAUUCUCGCUAUCGAAAUGCUCGAAGGCGAACCACCCUACCUGACCGAAAACCCCGUGCGCGCGCUGUACCUCAUUGCGACAAACGGCACGCCGCAGAUCAAAGAUUGGGAUAGGCUCUCGCCCUUGUUUAGGGAUUAUUUCAAGGUGACGCUUUGUGUGGAUGCGGCGAGGAGGCCGACGGCUGCGCAGAUGAUGAAGCACGACUUUUUCCAAGUGACGGCGCCGUUGACUUCGCUAUCGGCCAUGAUCCGGUCGUCGAAGAAGAACUAG